AUGUCCAUACCCCCAGGCGCGCCCCAACCAUCAUAUAUUCUCCGCGGACACGCAACGCCAAUACAUGUAGCGAAGUUUAUACGGGGAAAUACGAGAUUGAUCACGGGAGAUGCGGAGGGCUGGGUGGUGUUGUGGAGUUUGGAGACGAGGAGGGGGGUGGCGGUUUGGAGGGCUCAUGGGGGGGUUUUGCUUGGGGUGGGGGAGUGGGGGGAGAGGGGGGAGGGGAUUGUUACGCAUGGAAAAGAUAACAAACUUAUCAUAUGGAAACUUCCUCCAUCAGAAGAAGACUCGAUGAGUAAAAUUCUUCCAGUCGAUACUGUGUCGGAAGAGAGAAGAAAACCCUGGAUAUUACAUAUUUUAGAUGUCAACACGAUGAAUUUCUGUGCGUUCGCCAUGUGUCCUAUAGUUACGGAAGUAAACCCGGCGGAGCAUGAGGAGAGGGGAAAAGAUGACGAAGCUCAACUGGGGAUGGAAUGGGAAGGGGAAAGUGAAGAACAAUUAUUAAUCGCCGUUCCAAAUAUAUUGACUUCUGAAUCCAUCGAUAUCUUCCAUAUCCCGACUCUCCACCGUAUACACAAUAUUCCUUCGCCUGGCCCAGAUAAACCUGGCAUGAUAAUGUCUCUCUCGCUCUUUUUCCACCCUAUCACCAAAUGCCUAACCGUUAUAUCAGGUUAUGAAGAUGGCUCAGUUUCAGUUUUUGCUCUUUCUUCCCCUUCCACUCGAACCCCAUCUUCCCCAGAACAAUGGAACACCAUAUACCAAUCAAAAUCCCACAUCCAACCCAUUCUCUCCCUGUCCGUUGAUCCGGGUCGUGAUCGUAAAUUCUUCAUCACUAGUGGUGCCGAUGAUCGAAUUAUCAAAUAUCUGAUUCCCGCAACUACAACUCCUUUCUCCCCUUCAAAAUCAACCUCUAAAUCAACAACAAUAAGCUCUACCAAAUACGAACCCAAAAUCCUCAAAUCCGCACACGCAGGACAACAAGGUAUAGAGAUUCGAAACGAUGGGAAAAUCGCCGUGACAGCUGGAUGGGAUGGAAGAGCAAGGGUAUAUGAAGUUACGAAGAUGAGGGAAUUAGCGGUGUUGAAGUGGCAUAAGGAGGGGUGUUUUGCGGUGGCUGUUGCGGAUGUUUUGGAUAGGGAUAGAGAUGAGGAUAAGGAUGGGCGAAGUAGUGUAGAUGGGAAAGGGAGGGAAUUGGUGGGGGGAAUUGGAUAUUUGGAUGUUAAGGGGAAGAGAUUGAGGAAGGCGAGGGAAACUCAUUGGGUUGCUGUGGGGGGGAAGGAUGGGAAGCAUCCAAUCAGCAUCAAUAUUACCCAACUCAACCGCCCUCCCAUUAGUGAGAGUAUUCAUCGCACUCUCGGCAAUAUUGAAUCCCAAGUGCCACAAUUGGGGGAGUUCCAGCCGGCGAUCGUGGAUGCGCCCGCCGAUGCGCGCGAAUGUGGGGAGAUCCCCUUGGACUUUGUAUUGCGGGAAGCGGGUUUCCAGACCGUUGGGUCCGUUGGAGCAGGCGACUAG